AGCGUUUGUUUGCCUGCUUCAAUCAAACCUUAGCUCGACCUUGGGCAUCACGAACAUCUCGAACUUGCAAUCUUACUUAACCUCCAAGAAUCCCAAGCUCGAAUCAAUCUUUCAUCAACACUCUUGCCGCCGCCCUUUGUUUCUACACCUUUUCAAAGAUGAGCUUCGAGCGUCCGCUUCGUGGCGGCUGCCAAUGCGGCCGCAAUCGUUACAUCAUCCAGUUUCCGCAAAACACUACGCAAAAGGCACAAGUCAUCUUCAACUCACCGCCCUCACAAUAUAUCUCCCAUGGCUCACCAUUGGCUGCUUUCCUGCGGGUGCCUUUGCCAUGGUACCACAGCACGACGCUUUGGUUUUCUCCCGACGAAAGGACAUCGAUGAUCCAUCGCGCCUACACAUCUCCCUUUGAACCGCAUUCUAUGCGCCGCUUCUGCGGUUUCUGCGGUACGCCCUUGUCUUACUGGUCCGAGGAACCUCGCAGCGAAGCCGAUUUCAUCCAACUGUCGUUGGGCAGUCUCCAUCCAGAAGAUCUAGCGGACCUGGAGGACUUGGGUAUGUUGCCGGACUUCGAAAGCGAAGGUGAAACCGAGGCAGAUGUUUCAAAGAAGCAAGAAGGAAAGGAAGCAGUGACGCAUAUCGGCCGUCAGACUGUGGGGGGCCUACCCUGGCUGGACACCUUGGUCGAGGGCAGCCGACUGGGUACUCUUCGUGCUUCCAAAGGUCGCAGCCAGAACACGAGUGGCACAGUUCAAGUCGAAUGGGAAGUGAUGGAAUGGACCGAGGGUGACAGCGGCUUCCCAAGCGGUUCCAAGGGAAACGGCAAGCGGAAGCUUGUAGCGUUAUCAUGAAGGACGUUAAGCAAUGAGCCUGCAGUGGGAUCACGUCCCCUGCCAUGGUUCAUCUAUACACCCAGGCACCUCCCAAGACCAUAAAAGGGCAUUAGAGCGCUUGGGUUUGCGGGCAUUCUUUUCGGCGUUUCCACACUCAUGAGAGGGUCAUCAAGGGAUAGGCAUUGUGAAGGCUUUUGGCAAGAUUGGCCUGUUGUUUCGUGUUGUUGGGUCGCAGGUUUCCUGCUAGGCGGUGCACCAACCCGUGGUCCUUCGACAUAGUCCUAAAAUGCAGCAUUU